CGACGCGCAUGCGCGCUGCAGUCUCGGCGCCCUAAGAUGGCGGCGGCCGGCAGCGCCGAGGCCGUGGAUGGGGCCGCGGCGCCUGUGGGGGGCUCGGCUGGGGCGGCCGCGCCGGGCCAUGCGGUGGGGGAGGCUCCGCCGCUGCCGGGGCUGCAGCUGGUGCAGCAGGGUGCCGAGGCGCGGGUGUACCGGGGGCGCUUCCUGGGGCGGGCGGCCGUGGUGAAGCUCCGCUUCCCGAAGCGGUACCGGCACCCGGCGCUGGAGGAGCGGCUCAGCCGGCGGCGCACGGCGCAGGAGGCGCGCUCCUUGCUGCGCUGCCGCCGGGCAGGGAUUCCGGCCCCAGUGGUCUACUUCGUGGAUUAUGUGACCAACUGCAUAUAUCUUGAAGAUAUCGUAGGCGCAAUCACCGUUCAAGACCACAUUAAUUCCGUACAAGACAGUGGAAAUGACACCAGUAGCCUCCUUAAUUUAGCAGAGAAGAUGGGCGAGCUGUUAGCGAGGAUGCACGACGAAGACCUUAUACAUGGGGAUCUGACGACUUCCAAUGUACUUCUGAGACCGCCCGCAGAGAAGCUGGACUUAGUGUUGAUAGAUUUUGGACUCAGUUUUAUUUCAGGUCUUCCAGAGGACAAAGGGGUUGAUUUGUAUGUCCUGGAAAAAGCCUUCCUUAGUACUCAUCCCAAUACAGAAACUCUGUUCAAAGCCCUACUGAAGACCUAUGCAGCAACGUCUAAAAAGUCUGGCCCUGUGAUGAAAAGGCUGGAUGAAGUGCGGCUAAGGGGAAGGAAGAGAUCCAUGGUGGGGUGAAAGAGCAGGCGUAGGGGUGGAGAAAUACUGCUGCUUAGGUUCUGCGAGUAUGGUUAUUUAUACUUCCCGUUGGUUUUAUUUCACAGGUUACUAUUUUGAUAACUGUGUCUUAUAUUAAAUAAAUCUGUAUGAAUUUGUAACAGUGUCGUAAAGUAA